AUGCCGGCACGAGCUGCCGACACGGACGGACACCGGCACCACGACGAGCACAACCCUCGCGCCAACGCCAGCGGAGGCUGGUCCGGUCCUCUCCAUCUCCGCGUCGGUCGGCACUCGAUGCACGGCGAGAGCCCGUUUCACGACGGCGAGCACCGUUUCAAUCCGGAGGCGGCUGGGCCAUCGGCGCCCUGCCAUGAACCAUUUCCGAUGGACCCCCCCACUCGCACUUUCACAGGCGCCUUUGUGCACGUCCGCGGGUGUCGCCCUCCAUCCCUGGGCGCUCUCCAGCUCAGGCGAGGGGGUCGGCAUCCUCGCACAGCGCCGCAAGGGCCGUCGCAGCUCGACGGGUCGCCGGCGGACCAGAUCCAGCUCGGAUCGGACGCGAAGCGAGACCACAUGGCAUGUCAUGCCCUUUCCGGGGCGUUGGACGACACGUCAUUCAGCGAGGUUGUCGAGUGCCAGCGCAUGUGCAGGCAGGCUGCAGCACGGCUGCUUGCACUCGUACAAGCUUGCAAGUGCUCGUGUGCUGGUAGCGGCGAACAGUCGCAGGCACAAGCAGCAUUGAAGGCACGAGCAGCACUGGAGACACGAGCAGUACUGGAGUACUGGAGGUACGAGCACGAGCAGGACUGGAGACACGAGCAGGACUGGAGACACGAGCAGCACUGGAGACACGAGCAGUACUGGAGACACGAGCAGUACUGGAGACACGAGCAGUACUGGGGGUACGAGCUGUACUGGAGGUACGAGCACUAA